CAAGUCCCCCCACGGCGCGCGUUUCGUUCACAGUAUUAUAAAAGCGAUGCCCGCCGUUCAACGACACAAUCAAAACAACCGUCCUAGAGAGUCUAUCGUAUAACAUACACGGCGAAUAUAUCGUGAAAGCGCAACCGAUACCUAUCCCAACAUUGUGACAUAUUACACAAUUAUCGUACAAGUGAUCGUCACCCGAGUUCGCUCUUUUAUUGGAUUACGGAGUGUGUGAUUAUUCGAAAGUUUUUCGAAUUAGUGUGAAAAGUGUUUUCCUCAAUUAGAUCUAAAUAUUCCUCAAGAACCAAAAUGUGCGUUGAAACCGAAAACAACUUCAGCAAACAAGAAAUGUUCAACAGAUCGAAAUUAGGACGUGCGGUGCACGGUAUGUUAACACACGCAAAAAUUAACAACAGGUUGAUUUGCGGGCUUUUUCCGGCCGUGGAGUACCUAGAGAAAUCCCCCGAGGACGUCCUGUUCUGCGUGCUGCCCCAGACGAGGCCCGGGGAUUCCACCAUGCACAUGCAAACCGUGCUGUUGCAGGCAUUCUGCUUCGAAAACGACAUUCCGGUCAUUCAGGUGGACAGUAGCGAAAAACUAGCCGAAUAUUGCGACAUACGAAAUUCAGACAUCGGCUGCACAUGUGCAGUAGUCAUCAAGGACUCCAGCCUUCCCUCCACCCCUGAGGACGAGUUCCCCAUGUCCCCGACGGAGCAAAUACUCGCCGAUUUCUACGAGUUCACGUUGGAGGAGUUUCCCCGGCCGGUCAUCGAACUGCCCAGUUGAACGUACGCGGACGUUGUUCGUAAUGAUGAAAAUCCGUGAAAAGGGUUUUUUUCUAGAAUUUUUGCAUUUUAAAAGUUAGAAACAAUGCCGGCCUUUGUGCGCCCGAUGGCGGUUUCUUCUGGGAAGCACCGAGACGACGUCCCGACGCUGGGACUUGCGCGUGCGAGUUGUUCCUCUGCCAAUUUUGUUGUAAUGCAAUCGACGAUAGAUUGAUUGUAAAUGGUAGAUAUUCACGGCAGAUUCGUUAUGUGUAAGAGUAUUAGGUAUUUGAAAAUUUGUGUAAGAAUUUUAACUUGUUUAAGUUGGAUUUGUUUGUAUCAAUAUCUAUGAUAAGUGUAAUUUACUAUGGUUUAUUGUGUUUUAUGAAAGAGAUAUACCUACGAUUGUUAAUGUAUUUGUGAGAAGUUGAAAAUGUUUGUUAAGAUUUUAUUUGGAAAAUAAAUGAUGUUAGUUUA